CCCGUUCCCCCAAGUCUAUCAGCCAAAGCAUCGCCCGCCGAUGGCGUCUCCGCCCCACUCAGUCGAGGUCCGGACCCCCGGCGACUCGCCGCGGCCCACCGCCGCUCUCCUCUCCCCCUCCGUGGCCGCACCCCAGCCCUCCAACGCCUCCCGCCUCCUGCUCCUCCUCACCGCGGCCGUCGCCGCCGCUACGGCCUUCGUCCUGCUCCGCCCGCCCAUCACCGUCGUGACCGCGGCGUCCGCCACCGCGCGGCCGCUCUCCAAGCUCUCCAAGCCCGUGGUGCUGCUCAUUUCCUCGGACGGCUUCCGCUUCGGGUACCAGUACAAGGCCCCCCUCCCGCACAUCCGCCGCCUCUUCGCCAAUGGCACAUCCGCCGCCGAGGGCCUGAUCCCCGUCUUCCCCACGCUCACCUUCCCCAACCACUACUCCAUCGUCACCGGCCUCUACCCCUCCUCCCACGGCAUCAUCAACAACUACUUCCCCGAUCCCAUCUCGGGGGACUACUUCACCAUGAAAAACCACGAUCCCAAGUGGUGGCUCGGGGAGCCGCUCUGGGCCACCGCUGCCGCCCAGGGGGUCCUGUCUGCCACAUUCUUCUGGCCGGGUUCGGAGGUUACGAAGGGUUCCUGGAACUGCCCCGACAAGUACUGCCGCCACUACAAUGGCUCGGUGCCGUUUGAGGAGAGGGUCGACACCAUCCUUGGCUAUUUUGAUCUCCCGCCUAACCAAAUGCCACAGUUCAUGACGCUGUACUUUGAGGAUCCUGAUCACCAGGGGCACCAGGUGGGUCCUGACGAUCCCUCAAUCACCGAUGCGGUCGUACAUAUAGAUGAGAUGCUCGGGAGGCUCAUUGCUGGUUUGGAGGCUAGGGGAAUGUUUGAGGAUGUGAACAUUAUAUUGGUAGGUGACCAUGGUAUGGUUGGGACCUGCGAUAGGAAGCUUGUGUUUCUCGAAGAGUUGGCUCCAUGGAUCGAGUUGAAGUCAGAUUGGGUUCUGUCAGUGACGCCAUUGCUGGCAAUCAGGCCGCCAGAUGGUGUGUCGCCAGCUGAGGUUGUGGCCAAGAUGAAUGAGGGGCUUGGAUCUGGGAAGGUGAAGAAUGGGGAAUAUUUGAAAAUGUACUUAAAAGAGGAGUUGCCUACUCGCCUGCAUUAUUCAGAGAGUUACAGGAUCCCACCAAUCAUCGGGCUGGUUGGGGAAGGGUAUAAGAUCGAGAUGAAGCGCUCCAAGAGAAAUGAGUGUGGAGGAGCCCAUGGGUACGACAAUGCCUUCUUCUCAAUGAGGACCAUAUUUGCCGCACAUGGACCUCGUUUUCAGGGUGGUAGAACUGUGCCCUCAUUUGAGAAUGCGGAGAUAUACAAUGUCAUGGCUUCCAUUCUCAAUUUGAAGCCUGCUCCAAACAAUGGUUCAGCUUCUUUCCCUGGCACGAUUCUGUUGCCGAACAAAUGAUCAUGGAUUGGUUUUGUAGGAGUAAGGGCACAUGGAUGUAUGAUGGUGUUCUCAUUUGGUUAUUGUAUUGUACCUCUUAAAUUAGACUUCUGCCACAUCACUGUAUCUGAGCAAAAAUGCUGCUAGUAGAGAGUUGCUUCUCUCUAGUGACAACAUUUGGAAACAUGUUUCACAUCAAA